UCAGAGCAGCGACACAGUUUUAGGUGAUGUUUCAUCUCUAAGGCAGGUGCCAAAGAGUCUGGACACUUCUUUUUCUACAUCCUGGGAAAGAUUUGUGAGGAGUAAAGAAGCUUUUCCUCAGAUUUGUUAGCGAGCACCAGUGAGCGAGUCACUGAUGAAUCUGCAGGUGUAGUCAUGGGAAACAGGUGGCUCCAGGUUCCCACACAGCUAGCAGUGAGUUUGGGAAAGGAGCAAGUUACAGCAAGUCCAUGUCAGUAAGUUAAACCAACACCUGCGUUGCAGCGGCUUUAGGACGAGGGAUAUUUGGUGGAUUUAUGCAGCUGCUAAUUAACCCAAACCUCAAGACAAACUAGAGAUGGACACUGCUCAAGAACGCAAGCCAAAAAGGCCUCACUACAUUCCUCGACCGCUUGGGAAGCCAUUCAAAUACCGGUGUUUCCAGUGUCCAUUUACCUGCAAUGAGAAGUCCCACCUCUUUAACCAUAUGAAAUAUAACCUGUGUAAGAACUCCAUCUCUCUGAUGUCACAGAAAAAUGGUCCAACGGCCCGACAGGACAAGACAGCAGCAAAGGCCACCCUGGUAAUGUCAAUGGACAGUCCAAACUUGCCAGGAGGCGCAUCCAUCAAUCAGGACAAACAGCAGGCAAAGGAGAACAGAGACGAGGUGAGAGAUGCAAGUGAAGAGGUCAAUAUUGGGUGCGAAAGUCCAAUCGAAAGGGAAAAAGGAGGGGAAGAGGAACGUCUAGCAGGAGAAAACCAGGACAGCAAAGACACUAAGUCAAUGCCACACCAAUCUGCCUUCUCCCUGGUCACACCCAAACGUGACGAAGUCUUCAACACACCCAUGCAGCCGUCAGACCAUCCACAAAUUCCGCAUUUCAAUCACGCUGCAUUUCCAAUAACUUUUAAGCCAUUCCCCACUCCAGUUGGUCUAGAAUACUUUCCUCAUCUCCUACCUGACCAACCUCUCUCCACGCAAUACUACCACCCUGCUAACCAAAAUGCAAAUGAGCUCAAUUCUUCUUUCCGACUAGAGGUCCCAAAUCCCCAAAGGCCAGCGGUGCCACAUGGCAGUGCUUCGCCACUUCCUGCUUCACUAUUCCCACCAUACCAAUACAGAUACUGCCACCCAGUCCACCCCUUUCAUUAUGGCCUGUACAGACCCCAUGACAUCUCCAUGCCCAUCACAGCAUCAAGAUAUAUUCCCUUGGAAUGGUACCAGCAAACUCUCAGCUCUAAAGAUUACAAUUUAUAUGUACAAUCCCAUCCCUAUCAUUUCAACGCCAUCGAACAAGAGCAGCUAGACCACAGGCAAAGUGGGGACAAGGCAACCAGGCUGAGCCCCAAGGAGGGAUGUUCCGCUUUGGGAUCCCCUGACAGACCAAGUCAUGCACACGUCAUCCAGAAGGACGGGGGGCAGGCGCCACAGGACACCAACGUGGACAAGCGGCUGUCGUCGACAGUGGUUCAGCAUGUACAGACCAGUGCCAGGCAUAAAGAUACAGCGGAGAGCUUGCUGCAGUUAGGAGCUCUGCUUGUAGACAGAGGAUCAGAGAGCAGAUAUUCCGCUGUGUCUGAGUCAUGUCCUGAAACUACAUCCGAACACGAAGAAGAGGACAACAGAGACGAUCCAGCACCGCUAAACCUCUCAACGAGAACCCAAGACAAAGACAUAUUUUCAGCCGACCACAGAGACCAGCCAAAGAGGGCAGAGUUACCCCUGAACCUCACCCUUUGCUCUUCUCAGGCUAACUCUUCAGAUGAUCCUCAUCUGAGUGCAGAUGAAGAAACCUUUGACCAGAGGCAGAAUGCAGCACUCGCGCUCUGUCAGCUCUACGUAGCGAGCACGGCUGCCUCUUUAUGUGACAUUGAGCCGCCAGAGAGACUCAAGGAAGAUGACGAAGAUCCCCGAAAUACAAAACGUACGACCAGGGCGACCUUGACAGGUGCGAAACGAGCGCGCCAAGCUAAAACAAACAACAAAACAAACAAGAGAGCUAAAGUGACAAAGCGGAACGUGAGGAGGAGGAGGCCUCGCCGCAGCUAAACAUGUAAUAUGAUUUUGUAUUAAUUGGCAAAAAGCUUCGAUCUAAUCAGCCUGUGGAACAUCAUCAAUGAAGCACUGAAAGACUAAAUAAAGCCCUACCUGUAAUGUACAGGAUGUAAAUAUGUUUUUAUGUUGUAAUUGUACACACACUGGACUCGCGACCGACUUAUGGUUGUAUUUUAAGGGGCUGCCUCUAAUAUUGUGGGUACACCAUUUAACCAUAUGAGUAGAGAAAAUGCUGUCUACCAAAUGUACUUUAACAGAUAAACAAUUGACACAAAGAACUGUAAUGUAUUGACAUGUGUACCAUAUUUUUUGCAUCAUAUUUCUUGGCUGCUCGACCGUUUUAAAACUAAUGUUUACUGAAUUGCUAACAAGCCUUUGAAACUGUCAGGUCUCUGUGUCGCCUCUCCAGGUGAGUGUGUAAGUGACAGGAAGAAAAGCUCAGACUGUCCUGGGAAAAAUCUAUUUGUUGGUUCGUAUAAAUCUGUUGUCCCUAAAUAUAAGACAACCCUUUUUUUUCAGACUUUUUUUCCAGGGGGGAAAUACUGUCUUGUAUUUGAUUCAUAAUGUAUAUUGGUAAAAAUAAUUCUUUAUAGAGUUUGAUUCAUAAUGUAGAUUGGUGAAAAGGAUUCUUUAUAGAGUAUGUUCAUAUUGAAAUAUGGACACUUUUUGUGACGGCAUUUAAAGAAAAACUGAAAAAAGAAAAAUAAAUACACAUACUCACAUGGA